AAGCCCAGCUCUCCUCCUCAACAGGCCGCCCCUGCCUCCUGCUUCCUUCCGCUCGCAUUGUAGGGUGGUCGAGAGGAAGGACCCUGAAGAGUGAAGAAGAAAUGGGAGUAGAAAUUGAGACCAUAACUCCGGGCGAUGGACGGACAUUCCCAAAGAGGGGGCAGUGUGUCGUGGUGCACUAUGUCGGCACACUGGCAGAUGGCAAAGUAUUUGACUCAUCGAGGCAACGAGGGAAGCCCUUCAAAUUCAAGAUUGGUCAUCAGGAGGUCAUUCGUGGAUGGGAAGAAGGAGUAGCCCAGAUGAGUGUAGGUCAACGGGCGAAGCUGGUUUGCUCACCAGACUACGCCUAUGGACACAAAGGGCACCCAGGGAUCAUCCCACCUAACGCCACCCUCACCUUCGAUGUGGAGCUGUUAAGCCUAGAAGUCUGAAACUUGUGCACUCAGCUUUGUUUAAAUUCCACACAGAUUUCAGGGUCAACUCCUAUCUCGGGAACAUGGAGGAAACGUUGACAGAAGAUUCCUGCUCUUGAUCCCCUCAUAGGACCUAUGUCUAUAGCUUCACUAGUUCACUCUCCUUUCCAUUUAGAUACAAAUUGUUUUAAGUCACUUGCUUUAAAACGUCAUGCUAUAUUUUAGAUACCAUACUGUAAUAAGUCAUAGGCCAUCCCAUGUAUUUUGUCAUACUCUGCUUUGUAUUUUUUAUGGUGAUGUUUUCUUUUUUUUAUUUGACUUAAAAUGGACAAAAUGUGUCGGCCAUCAGGACCAGGUUUUAGAGAAGUGUCGUGAAUAUUUAAUCAAACUCAUUCCUGUGGCUCUGUGGCCUUUACAACAAAUUGUGUUGAUUUGCGGGUAAUAGAUUGUCUUGAAUUAAAGUUAGAAUAAAUUGUUGUUAGACACAGUGAUAUUUCUACCAAUCAGUCACCUUUGUGAUACUUGUCAAUGGGCUAAAUUAAAAGGAGGGAGUAGUUUGUAACCAGGGACUCAUGAAUCAAGCACAUUAUUACCAUGAAAAGCCUACAGAUCUCUGCAGACGGAGGGGUUUCUUUGACUUUCUGCAACAUCAGUUCUUCUAAGCGUAAACAGCUGUUACUGAAACAUUCACAACUUGACGAUUUAUCUGAUAGCUUUAAAACAUCAAGGGUCAUUUUUUCUGCUACAAAAGGUCAUUUGGGGGAAAUAUUUGGUGCUUUGUAAAAGCUUUCUAAACUGGCGAGGGCAGUUCCCCUAAACAGAUUUGUAGGCACAUGAUGGGCUUUGUGGUUCUCUUAAUUUGAAGGAGUUGUGUGUAACAAGCUGUGGAUGUUGUAAAAGGUCUGUUCCUUACUCGAUACACAUUAAAGGAGUAAUUUUAACACUAA